GUAGGACUCGUGCGACCCAUUGAUCAGCGCGCCUCUCAACCCAAGCAAUGGCAAAUAUCUAAGAACGUGAUUGUUAUUGACUCGCUGGAAAUACCUCCAAUGCAGGCCGUUCAGGGUCGUGAUGAAUGAAACAUGGAAUUGGCUCUGGCCCGCCUUCACAUGCUCCGAUCCACCCUCUACGUCAUUGCCAUCAUCAUCAUUAUCGCUUCCGUCCGGUUUCCGCUGCCCUAGAAAAGCACCCCUCCCCGUUCCUGUUCUUCUACCAUAAACGUCCCAUUCUUUUGUUCUUACAGUGACUUAUACAUCCAUUGACUACAGUAUCUUUGCACUAAUCCCACUCGCUCAGCCAAUCGCCACCAUGGCGGAAUCAGAGUCCGCCUUCUCCUUGUCGGCCUUUAUCCGCAACCCCCUCCUCCAGUCUUUCACCAUAUGCUACAUGCUCUUCCAGAACCUGCUCAACUGGAUCUUUGCACCUAAUCCCCCAAAGCCAUCCUCGAUUGCCAAUGGCGUCCCGAAAAAGCGAGUGGCUGUAAUUGGAGCCGGUCUCACUGGAGUAUCCGCAGCCGCACAUUGUGUAGGCCAUGGCUUCGAUGUGGAGAUCUUUGAAGCGAGAUCAAAAGACAAGGGGCUGGGAGGUAUCUGGAGUCGAGUGAACUCUACCUCCUCCCUGCAGAUCCACAGCAUCAUGUACCGCUUCCACCCAUCAGUGCAGUACGACACAGCCUAUCCCACCCAAGGAGAGAUCAAAGAACAGAUCGUCGACCUCUGGAAGCGAUAUGGCCUGCAGAAACACACCACGUUCAACACUCCAGUGACUUCCGUCAAACAAACCAAGAACGGCCGAUGGAUUAUCAACAAUGAGGAAGAAAAAUACGGCCGCUUCGACGGUAUCAUCGCGUCCGUUGGCGUCUGCGGUGACCCGAAAAUGCCGACAAUGCCAGAUCAGGAACGCUUCAAGGGCGAAAUCUACCACUCCUCCGAACUCGACGGGAAACAAGUCGAAGGCAAAAGGGUCCUCAUUGUCGGCGGCGGUGCCAGCGCCAUCGAGGCCCUCGAGUUCGCCGUGAAGUCCAAAGCCGCCCAAAUCGACGUGCUCUCCCGCUCCGACAAAUGGAUCAUUCCCCGAAACGUCUUUGUCCAGUCCCUCCUAGCCAUGAACAUCCUCGGACAAGAAACCUCCCUCUCAUGGAUCCCCGAAUCCCUCCUCCGCAAAUUUUUCUACCGAGACCUCUCCGACAUCGCCCCCUCGGGCGGCCUCUUCACCCAAACCCCGAUGGCCAACUCCGAACUCUUCGAACAAAUCCGCGACGGCAAAGCCCGCUGGCUCCGCGGCGACAUCGUCACCCUCGAAGAGGACGGCGUGCGCUUCAACUUCCGCAGCAAUGGCGUGCCGAAAGGCGGACCCGGCCACGAGGACCUCGUCCCCGGCGACGUAAUCAUCCUAGCCACAGGCUUCAAACGCCCCUCCCUCUCCUUCCUUCCCAACGACGCCUUCGAAGAACCCUACUCCCCUCCAAGCUGGUACCUCCAAGUCUUCCCGCCCAAAUACCCCAGCAUCUGCGCCAACAACAGCACCUACGUCAACGCCAUCGGCACCGUCGGUAACAUGCACAUUGGCAUCUACACCAGGUUUCUCCUGAUGUUCUUGACGGACCCGCUGUCCCGUCCGACGGAAGGUCGCAUGAGAACCUGGAUCGACUUCACCCGAUUCAUGAAAAAGCUGUCGCCUGUCGGCGCGUUCGAUUUCUUCACGUACACUGAGCUCUUGUAUUGGUUCGUGUUUUGUAUCCUGGUUAACCCGUUCCGAUGGAAGUGGGCGCCGUUCGUCUUGUUUGGAGUCGGGUGGACGUUGCCGUUAGAGGUCGUCAAGCAGGAGGAAAAUUUCCGGAAGGAGUUGAGACGGCAGCAUUAG